AUGAUCUACGUCCGAUGUGAACGGCCCACCUACACUUCCUCUCUUCCAUCCAUCUACUCAAUGCCUGACUCCAUCUUCUGCUCGUAUGGCAUGAGGUUGGAGCAGCUGCGCCUGCAGCUCAGCUCAAAGAAGUCGCUCCUCGCACAUGCCAACGCCGUGGUGAGUAGCAUGGAUGUGAUGGGUGGAUGGUCGUUGCUGCUAGAUAGGAUGGGGCUGGAGCAUCUUCGCCUGCAGCUCAGCUCAAAGAAGUCGCUCCUCGCACAUGCCAACGCCGUGCUGGCCAUGCGGAGAGCAGCAUUGGCGCUCGGAGGAGCAGCAAGGGCGGGUGGAGCAGCCACGGGGGUGUCUGUUGCAAGUGGUAGCGUGGGAGUGGCACACGAAGCAGCAAGCACAGGCAGCAUGGGUCCAAUGGAGUUGGGAGGGGAUCGGACCAACUUGCAAGCUCUAGGCAACUUACAGAAGAUAGUGCAAGGCGCACUCAGAGCAGACCAGCAGCUGUGCCUCAAGAGGCUUCGAGACAUCUUCCCUUUCAAGAAGGUGCCCAUCCAUCUCUACCUUCCCAGCUCGCUGCUGCUAUCGGUCCACUCUUUCAAUUGCCUCCCCUCCUCUGACGCCCACAUCCCACUCAUCCCUCCCUUAGAGCCCGCUGCUGCUAUCGGCUGCUUGAUUCGACUCCUGGAACUGCUUUCCAAGUACCUCUCCUUCCCUCUCCUGCACAUCGCUGCCUUUGCUGCAUCAUCAUCCAAGGUGUGGCACCAACAGUCCUACUGGUCACUCGCUCCUCCAACCAACCCCAGCUUCCUCUCUUCCUCUUUCGCCUGCAACUCUCUCUUUGGCUCAUGGGCUGGGAUACCGCCUUCCCCACUACAAGACGAAGCAGGCAACCCGAUAUAUUUCUCCCAUGCCUCGUCAGCGAAUCAGCAGCUGCCACCUGGCGAGAUCAAGCAGGUUCGGCGAGGUUUGCGGUUGCUUCGGAGAAGUGCUGCCUGCCUUGCCGCCGCCCACGCUGGCAGGUUCGGAAUCGCCAGGCCUGGAGAUGAGGUUCGGGGAGGAGGUGGUGCUGAGCUGGACGAAUUUGCUGAGCUGGCAAUGAUGAUGUCAGCCGCCAUGCGGGACACACGGCUACCCUUCCUGCGCAACCAGGCAUGUGACUCGUCAUUCCUGUUCUCCCCCCCAACGUCCACCACUACUCAGCCUCCCCACCUAAAACCGCACCAUCCGGCACUUCCCCCCUUCGCUGCUGCUUCUUCUCCCACCGCUGCUGCCGAAGGGGGAGCAGGGGAGGGGUUGCAAGUGCUCCACGAGAACCUUCUUGGAAACUCCCUUGUUGAGGACUAUAUUAGCACAACAGCAGCAGGCCUGCACGGUCGCAGAAUACCCUGUAAAGGCUCGAGCAAUGGUUGUUGA